AUGCCUAGAUCUCGGAUAAAUGAAAAUUUUAUUGAUAAGACCUUUUCAAUUGUAGCCAAUAUCUUAUUACGAAUAAUUCCGACAACUUCAGGAGAAAAAAGGGCAUUCACUUAUUACAGAGAUGGUGUGAUGUCAGCUCAAUCUGAAGGAAAUUAUGCAGAAGCUUUACAGAAUUAUUAUGAGGCUAUGCGACUGGAAAUUGAUCCCUAUGAUCGAAGUUAUAUACUUUAUAACAUAGGCCUUAUUCACACAAGUAACGGAGAACAUACUAAAGCUUUGGAAUAUUAUUUUCGGGCGCUCGAACGAAACCCAUUUUUACCCCAAGCUUUUAAUAAUAUGGCCGUGAUCUGUCAUUACCGAGGAGAACAGGCCAUUCGACAGGGAGACUCAGAAGUUGCGGAGUCUUGGUUUAAUCAAGCCGCUGAAUAUUGGAAACAAGCUAUAGCUCUUACCCCCGGUAAUUAUAUUGCAGCACAGAAUUGGUUGAAGAUCACAGGGCGUUUUGAAUAA